AUGCUGCAGUCACCUCUCAGGCCUCUUGUACCUCUGUCAGCACUUGCUCUGCUCAGCUGGUGUUGGUACACCUUUAGGAAGACGAGGAACCUAUGUGAGAGGGCUAAGGAAGAGUUGUUGGUCCCCUCUGCUGCUAGAAAGCAAAGUAUGGUGGAUAAUGUUGCGGUGCAGGAAGCUGCUGUCAAUGGAAAUACGCUGGCAGCACAGAAUGUAAAAACACAGUGCCAUUUUCAGCCUCAGGAAAAACAAGAGGGUGAUCAAAAUCUUGACCGUAACUGCUCUCCGCUUAGCACUACCCUGGAUACCUCACAAGCCACUAUCCUCACCUCUACUCCAAUUGUACGACUUCGAAAAGGAGUUCGCCCUGAACCGGAAGGGGAGGUUUCUAGAGCUCAAGUGCCUCUGAUUCUGGCCGAGAAGCCAGAAACGGAGACGGAAAAAGAGGAAGACGCCUUUAAAGGUCACUCGGACUUGAAAGUGGUUGAGACGGAGUCUUUUGUGCAGCAGCCAACAGGGAUUGUGUGCCCCAAAGAACAUGGAGCCACUACUGUGUCUGAAAAUCAAAGUGAAGGAGGCCCAAGCCUGAAUGAAGCUAAUGGCCUGGUCAUCGAGGUCAUUGACGGUGCUACAGAAGAGAUCACAGCAGUUGGUGGUGGCAUUUUAAAAAGAAAAGGUCAUGCGGAACUGAAGGUGACUCCACAAAGCCAAGUGCAACUUCAAAAAGAAAUCGAUGAGAAUAACAGUUUAGCGGUCACUAAGAAAGAUCUUGGUGCUCUGACUAAGACGGUGAAGGAAAGUGUCUCUUCAGCACACAAGCCGAGUGACCCCCCUUCAUCAUUCCCAGCAGGAAAGGAUUCAGCGGAUGGGGUAGAAGCAGAGAAGGCUUCGAGCAAGUCUCAAGCUGUGGAGAAAAACUCUUCCAGUGUUUCAGGAUCUUCUGAAAUUCCCCAUGCCUUAGUGCGAAAAAAUGGAAAACUCUCAAGACAAAAGGCAGAUGCUUCAAAAGGUGCGAAUGGAGUACAGUGUGUGAAUGGGGAGAACAUCAGCAAAAGAGCCACGCAUUUGAGGAAUUUGCCCCACACUCUGUGGAACAUAGAGGUGCCAGCACACCUUGUUGGGCGAUUAAUUGGAAAGAAAGGGAUGCACAUUUCCUCCCUGAAGCAAAGUUCUGGUGCAAAGAUCUACGUAUCUACUCUUCCAUACACAUACGAGUUUCAGAUCUGUCAUAUAGAGGGGACAGAGGUGCAAGUGGAAAAAGCUCUGGUGCUAAUCAGAAAAAAGUUCAAAGAUUUGGAUUUGAGCAACCGCAUAAGCAGUUUACAACCUGCUGCAGUCCCGUCUCUACCCAUGACUUCCUGGCUGCUGCUCCCUCAGGACAGAACUGUGGAGGUCAUUGUACCACGGGUGGAGGCAGCAAACUACCUAUUUGUUCAGCAGCACACACAUGCCACCUAUUAUGGCCUGCACAGUCUCACAGAGCAGAUGACGUUCUGCUACUCUCACUCAGGAUGCCCCAGCUUGCCCACUCCUGUAGAAGCAGGAGUGUUAUGCGCGGCUCUGUCUCUAGACGGUGCCUGGUGGAGAGCUCAGGUUAUUCAGCAUUACAAAGACUCCAAUAUGGUACAGAUCAGAUACGUGGACUAUGGAGGUUACGUGACUGUUAACCUUGCGUCUCUGAAGCAGAUCAGAUCCGAUUUUGUGACGUUGCCUUUCCAAGCGUCUGAAGUUGUGUUAGAAAACAUUGCACCUUUGCCUGGAAAGGGGAAGUUUUCAUUUGAAGCCAAAGAGGCUCUUGAGGAAUUGACACGAGGGAUUCCUUUAAUCAUGAAGGUGACUGGUAGUCAAAAUGGACUGCCCUUAGUGCACAUGUGGCGACAGACAGGGGAAGAGAUGAUUUCGGUGAAUGGAGUACUGGUGGAGCGUGGGCUUUGCUCGUGGUUGGACAGCCACUGA